AUGGCAAAAGAAAAGAAGAAGAAUUCGCGGUCUGGGACUGCCCACCGAACGAUACAAGGCGACCAGCAAUACCGCCUUGACCGGCAAUGCGUGACAAGCAUGAAGCCCCGGUACCAUAACCCGCAGGUUCAGGACCGGGCGACGGACACCAUCUCCGUCGCCUGCGUGCCGGUCAAGGACCCCUGGGACGCGGGUAAAAUCGAGGAAGAGCUCAAGGCCAACAUCGACCUCAAAGGCUACCGCUCAGUACCGGCUGAGCUUAAGCCAGUCGCUGUGGGUGCCUGA